AUGGACUUGACGGUAGACGACAACAGUAGCACAGGCAGCGUUGACGAGGAUGCCGAGCUGGAAUUAUCCUGUGCGCUGAACGACCUGGCAGCGAAAGUGAAAGACUUCGAGGCCAAUAUGCAGGGGCGAUUCCGACAAGGCUUGGACGACGACGACGAAGAAGAGAUCACAGAAGACAUUGACCACUUUGAAGAAGAAACGGGCUUGAAUUACGAUAGCAGACAUCGAAAGGAUGAUGGAGAAGAUCGAAAUGAAGCCAAAGGAAGACACGACGAGAACUUAGACGAAUGGGACUCUCAAGAAGGGAAAGAGGAGUUUAGUGAACUCAAGCAGAACAUUGCGAAGUUGCUGCAGAGUAUGCAGGAAGAGGCCAAAGCUCUCGAUGACAACCAGACAGACUGCAAAGCUACAACUUAG